AUGACGCAAUUGCCAUUGCUCCCAUAUCAACAGCAACACACUACAACGAGGUAUGAGCCCUUAAUCAAGCAGGAGUCGCCGGUGGCAUUUCGCCCGAAGCUGCCGGGCAUCGCCGGCAGCGACCCGUUGUUAACGCGUAAGGCCGCAUCGCCCUCUGCCGGGCACGCGGCGUUGCACCGCGUCGCGCUGAUGGGUCUGACGACGGGCUCCAGAGAGCAGGCCACAUGCCAGCGACGUUCAGCGGCGUCGCUGAAACGCUCGUUGCACUGGCUCGCGUACCAGGAGGAGCAGGAGCGAGCCUUCUUAGAGUGCGAUGCAUUCGCGGCAUCACCGGUACAGUGCUACAGCAAUGGGGAGAGUAGCGGUGCACGCGUUGGGUGGAAAUUUAUGCGCGAGCCGCUCAUUAUAACUACCGACGAGGAGUUGAAAGUCCUGACGGAGAAUGCGUUCAGUGGCGUGUUUCAGCGCAUCUGCCGCGGCACUGCGGCGCUGCGACACCUCGAGGAGGAAGAGACGGCCUGCCGCCAGCGGGACUUAGUCGAGCCGUGGGAGCAAGGCUGUAGUGAAAUGUGCACGUUUCAGGAGCUCUUGGAGGGAAAAUUGAUGAUUUGGAACAGUUACGUGGAGCAGCUGGAGGUGUGGAGGCGAUUGAUCAGUGUUGUGAGAGAGGAGAAGUCUGCAAGGGUGUCAGUGCUCAGCCGUUUUGUUUCCUGCAGGAGCCCGUUGCCGUGCCGGUGUCUCCUGUGGGACUUGGAGGUUCUCGAGGAGUCCGCUAUUCCGUUGGAGCCGGCGGUCAAUCUUGUCUGCUUGUUUGUGUCCAUCGUGAUUGAAGAGAACGAUGUUCUACAGGCCAUGCUCCUUGCAGAACGGGAGCGUGAGUUGUUGCUCAUCAAGGAGCAGCACAAACAGGCUCGUCUCGCACUCGAUGCCCUCGAGCGCAUUCGCUUGGAUGAGCAGGAACGCUUUGACACGUUGUUAGGUUACCAUGCGUUUUGCAUGAAGAUAGCGAACUGGGAGCGGGAGGCGCGCCCUAGUGUUGCAGAGACUUUGCCGCAUGUAGCCGAGAACGCUGAAGAGAACCGGCUGAAAAUGUGGAGUCUUCAUCGGCGCCGCCUAGGUGGGCAACGGGGAUCUCCUUAUUUUGACUACUUCAAGUACCUCCAUGUUGUAAAAACCCUAUGUGUGGAGAGGAGUACACGUGGUGAAAUUGAGGCUUACGAGUUUAUUGAAUUGUGCUACCUAAUGUAUAUGCACGAGACCGCCUGCCGACGGGCCGUGGCUGUGGAUGAGGAGUUUGCUAGGCGGCAGCUGCUUCUGGACAUGGAAACGUGGGGGCGGCAUGCCGUUGCGAGUGCGGAGACGGCCUCCCUCGAGCAACAUGUCCAGCCCGCCCAAUUUCGGCAUCACACCCACGCGUUGAUGAUGAUCCUGCAGAAGAAGAAGGCGAAGGAGCUGCAGCGCUCGGAGGCCCGCGUGGCACUUGAGGCAGUUGCUGACUACGAGCAUCGUCGACGCGGCGAAAUUAUGCUGCUAGAGACGAAACUGCAAACCGAGAGCCGGCUGCUCUUUUACCGUGUCUGCAGUGGUGGCGGAGAUAGGCACGUGGCAGGACGGUGGAUGCUACAACACGAGCUGUGGCGACUUACACGAGAGGAGGAACGACUACGGAAGAUCAUCGAGACUGAGGAGGACGACGCUAUUGCCACACGCGCCACCGCACAUGAGUGGAUGUUGGCACACAACGAUGUAGCCUCCAAAGCGAUGCAUGAGCGUGCUCAACGUGAUGCGUGUGAUCAUUUCAUGGUGGAGCAUGCGGAGAUACGACGUGAGAUUGAGGCACAUUGGCUGUACGAACGGCAGGUGCUGUUCGAGACAAAGCUCUGCGUUCCGUCACCGGCAGCGACGCCAGCGGUGGGCGAAGCGGCUUCGUGCUGCAGCGGUGAGGCCGCCGCCCGUGUUUUGGACAUCCGGCAAGUCAUGGUCAGCGACCUGGGUGACUUCCUUGAUGACGACGUGCUUGUCACCAUCUUUGCUUAG